AUGGGGGAGUGGGGCUGCAACAGCAAACCUGAUACAUCCUACACUGACAAAGGUGAAAAGUAUGGUGAUACCACUCAUACAUUUGUAGAGCGGGCAGGAUAUAAUGGGAUCUUCCUCCCAGGAUUCCAUGCUCCUCUGUUCUGUGACCCUUUCUUGGCAAAACUGCCAAGCGGGAAGCUGGACUUCAUUGACCAUGUGGUUGGAAAUCAGCCAGACAAUGAGAUGGUGCCAAUAGUGGAGUGGUAUCAGAGGAACCUGCUGUUCCACAGAUACUGGUCUGUAGAUGACAAGCAGUUACAGACUGAAUACAGUGCGCUGCGCUCCAUAGUAGUGGCCAACUAUGAAGAAACUGUGAAAAUGCCAAUUAAUGAACCAGCCAUGGGGAAGCGCAAGUCCCAGAUUCAGGAGUAUGUAGAGUACUACGGUGGUGCAGGGGUUCAACACAUCGCCAUGAACACCUCUGACAUCAUCACAGCAAUCCGUAACCUAAAGGAACGUGGUAUGGAGUUCAUGGCAGUGCCUGACACUUACUACCAGCAGCUCAGGGAGAAGCUGAAGUUUUCCAAAGUCAAAAUUGUUGAGGACAUCAGCAUAUUGGAGGAACUUAAAAUUUUGGUGGAUUAUGAUGACAAUGGCUACCUACUCCAGAUCUUCACCAAACCAGUACAGGACAGACCUACAGUGUUUCUGGAGGUAAUCCAGAGACACAACCACCAAGGGUUUGGUGCUGGAAAUUUCAAAUCUCUGUUUGAGGCAAUUGAAGUAGACCAGAAUGCCAGAGGAAACCUCACCAUCCUUACACCUAAUGGCACAUCACAGAAACUCUGAAUUGGCUCUUUCCUAUUUACAGUAAAUGCAUGGUACACAUAUUUUGAAAUAUGCAUAGUAAACUCUAAUGUUUUACUUUGUCAUAUUUUUUUUGUUUGGCUUUAAAGCAUGUGCCAAUAUAUUCUGUUCCCAUUGCAGUUGUUUCUGUAACUACAGACACAUCUGAUCUUGUGGACCUUCAGAAAAAUCUAAAUGUCUCAUGGACAUUUCCACCAGAGUUCCAUUUACAUCAUAUCUCAAAUUAUAUAGUAUAUUUUAACAUGAA